UCUCUGCGGCGCAUGGUCACUCAGCGCGAGCAGCGGUGACAUACCGGGACGACGGUUCGGAACGCCGUAUCUCAUAGAUGGCAAGCAACGGUUGACCUCGAUACGAAGAUUCAUGCAGGGCGAAAUUUUGUUCAAAGAUCCAAACACUGGCGAGAGAUUCACAUACGAAGACAUUGGCGUAUUCAAAGGGGUCAAGGUGCUGCCUGAGCGAUACAAGAAGAUCUUCCGUGCGAAGCAAAUCGUCUGCAUAGAGUAUCAGGACAUCACCAACGCGAGCGAGCGGGAGAUCUUCCAGCGCGUCCAACUUGGAAUGGCGCUGACUCUGGCAGAAAAACUGCAAGCCAUAGCGUCUCCGAUGGGCGAAUUUAUUCACGACCUGCAGGCGCAAUACGUCAGCCCAAGCGACGAGCUCGGGCUCAGUUCACUGCUCGACUGGGAUGUUACGCGAGGGAACGACUUCCGGUGUCUCGUGCACGCGGCGCACUCGGUCGAGCGAUGGCCAAAUGUAAGCACCUUCCCAGGUCCGGAGGGGCUGCGGAAGUGGCUGGAGCGCGACGAGGAGCCGGAGUCCAAGUUUACCACAGGUCUGCACCAGACAAUGGACAUCUUCCUGAUGCUCGCGCGCGAGCAGAACGGGGCGAUGUUCAAGAUGGCUGACGUGAAGAAGCUUGCGCCCGCCGAAUUCAUCGCGAUCGUCGUUCUCAUCCACACGUGGAAGGCCAAGCUCAGUGUGAGUGCGUUCAAGAAGGCGAUCCGGGACAUGCGCAAACACGUACGCGAGAAGGAGCACGACAUCCGGACGAACGGUCGCGUGAUGGCCCUGCUGUGGGACUUCAUUAGGUCUAUGAAGCUGGAGAAGUACAGGGGCCAGGACAGCACGGAGACACCGGUUGCGAAGGUGCGGCCGCUGAAGCGGAAGCGCAGGCAGGACGAGGAUGACUCGAUGAGCGUGGAUAGCGAGGAGAGGAAGGCCCCGGCGAAGAGGAAGGUGGAGGCAAAGGAAGACUUCCCGACUGUGUCCCAAGCGCAUGCGAUGGCGUCUCGUCCGUCUCCUGUAUCUCGCCCGCCGUCGCAUACGAGUCGCCAACCGUCGCACACCAGUGGCCCGCCCACGCCUAUGCCCCCUUCUCAGCCAUCUUACUCCGCGGCGCCCUAUCCCACACCGCCAGCUCAUGACCGACUCGCCGCGCUGCGGGCGGUGAGAGAGAUGGGGCGGGACGUACCGAACUCGCAGACGCACCCGUCGAGCGUGCCGUUCUCUCCGUCACACCCUUCGACAUCGAGUAUGCAGCAAGGGGGUCCAGGCACGCCGAUCACUGAUGCCGAAAUGGCGAGGAUGGCUGCCCAACAGCUGAUGAGCAACAACCCUGUGUGGCCUAUGCCGCUCCCCGGGCAACAGGCGAACGGCCAUUAUCAACCUCCUCAGCAUCCGACAUAUCGCUACUAGGGCUGGAGAACAUCCUGACUGGUACGGAGAUGACUAGUAUCGAACGUAUGGUUUUGUCGCGGGCUUGCGCAUUGUAAUGUAUAAUACGUACUUAUCACCUUCAUAUUCUGAAUGUUCCCUUGCCGUGACGCAUAGAGAUUUUGACCCAGAACACUGCAGGCCUGGGUAUGCGAUGCUUGCACAAGAC